CCCCCCUCCCCCUCUCUUCCUUCCUUUCCUUGCACCCCAAUUCGGGGGGUAAGCCGAAACAGUAAAUUUGCACUCCCGUUUUGCACCCCCCUACUGUUCAAAAUUAACCAAACAUGUGCAAAUGUGUUGGAAACUGUGUUUACCCCUCACAUUUGCACCCUCCUCCCAUUUACCCCUCUUCCCAAACAGAGUGUAAGUGUGCCCUCCUUUUCUUAGUCUUUUAUUAAUUGUAGUCAACUCAUUUAAAUUAAAAAUCAUUCAAAUAAAAUAUUCUUAUUGGUUGGAGCUAGUAUCUUUAUUAUACUAAGUGUGUCCUCCUUCUCUUAGUCUUUUAUUAAUUUUAGUCAACUUAUUUAAAUUAAAAAUCAUUCAAAUAAAAUAUUUUUAUUGGUUGGAGCUAAUAUCGUGCUUAGAAAAAGUGUUAGUAUGCUAGCCGGAUGUUCUUGCCAAAUGGACAAAAUAGCAUAAACGGAUUUCUUUUAUUUUCAUCCGCGCAUAAACCGAUUUCACAACACGAGAGAAACUCAAAUUGAAGAGGAUUCACUUCAAAAAGGAAUAUAGAAGAGGAUUCGAACCGUUUCUCUACUCGCACCGUAGCAAUUUUCGUUUUUAAUAUUUUUUUCUCACACACCUCCUCAGUCCUCUCCUCCCCCAAAAAAAACCUUUCCGCGAACUUCUCUCGUCGCCCAAAUAUCGCUCUCUUCCAUCUUCUCCAAUCGCCCCCAAUUCGCCCCCUCUCUCUCUCUCUCUCUCUCGAAGCUUUCUCCAAAUCCAUGGCGGACACGAGGCGGUACAGAGUGGGAUACGCAUUGCUGCCGAAGAAGCAGAAGAGCUUCAUCCAGGACUCCCUCGUCUCUCUCUGCCUCGAUCGCGGCAUCGACCUCGUCCCAAUCGACCUUCGCCGCCCUCUAAUCGACCAGGGACCCUUCGAUUGCCUACUCCACAAGCUCUACGGCGACGAUUGGUCCCGCCAGCUCGACGAUUUCCGCCGCCUCCACCCCCAUGCCACCGUCAUCGACUCGCCUGAAUCCAUCUCCCGCCUCCACAACCGCAUCUCCAUGCUCCAGGUUGUCUCGGAGCUCAAAACAAACUCCACUGCAGUCUCACCAGCCGCCACAUUUGGAAUCCCAAAACAGAUCGUGAUCUACGACAAGGAGACCCUCUCCGACAGACGAUCAUGGGAUCUACUCAAGUUCCCGGUGAUUGCCAAGCCGCUUAUCGCAGAUGGUAGUGCUAAAUCCCACAAGAUGAUCCUAAUCUUUAACCGCGAGGGACUCGACAAACUCAAACCCCCAAUCGUUCUUCAGGAGUUUGUCAACCACGGCGGUGUGAUCUUCAAAGUCUACGUGGUUGGCGACUAUGUGCAGUGUGUAAAGCGGAAGUCGCUCCCCGACGUGAUCCCAGGGAGCAUCAGCUCGGAGAGCUCGGUGCCAUUUUCUCAGGUGUCCAACAUCACGACGCCAUAUAGGAAGAACGAUGAUGACGACGACGACAACGAUAAGUACGACUACUACAAGGCGAUGCAGCUGGAUGGGGCGGAGAUGCCGCCCCAGAGCUUCGUCGUGGACCUCGCUAGAGGUCUGAGGUCCGCGACGAAGCUCCAUCUAUUUAACUUUGAUGUGAUUAGGGAUUCCACUAGAGAGAAUAAGUAUUUAGUUAUUGAUAUUAAUUAUUUCCCCGGGUAUGCUAAGAUGCCCGGGUACGAGCGGGUUUUGUUUGAUUUUUUGUGGGAUGUGGUGAGUGAGAGGAAGAGAACAACAGUGGAUCAGAUGGCGGUGGCCGCAGUGACGGCGGCCAACGGAGGAAAUAGGCCGACGGCCGCGGCUAUGGGUGUGGAAGAGAAUGGCGGAAGUCCGCUUCAGCAACUGACGGUGAGGAGUUGUGAAGAGGAGGCAGUGAGGAAGAUUGCUGUGACGAAUAGUGGUUGUAGUACGAAUAAUUGUAUUGAAGGGGAGGAUCAAAAUGAGAAAUCACCCAUUCUUCAGGUCUAAUUAGAAGCCAAAUUAUGAAGUUUUGGUUGAAGUUUAACUUUUGGUGUAAGUUUUGGAGAGUUGAAGCAGGAUUAAGUUUGUAAGUAAUAAUAUUGGUAUUUUCUUUUUAAGUAGGUAUACAGAAAUAUAUUACGUUUUUGCUCUCUUAAAAGAGUUGAUUGGAGAUCCCCAUUGUCACCACUUAAGGCUUAUAGGCCAUGGCAUUGGAAGACGGUUGGAGAUGACAUUGUGGCGCUGGUAAACCUUCAGAAGUCUGAAGUUUCAUUCAACGGUAAUUUUAAGCCACACCAAAAGCUAAUUUUAAGCGGGAUACUCAAGGUAAAGACGGUGGGAAAACGUGAUAAAUAUCUGGAUCUCCCAACUGUAAUAGACCGGUUGAAGAAGAAAAUAUUCAUUGGUUGAAAAGAGAGAGCCCAGAAGACGAUAGAGGGCUAUAAGGAAAAGACGGUAUCAAUUGCGUUUAAUAUGACGCAACUUGAUGAGAGCACAAUGCACACAAUUUAUAAUGUGAAGGACUAAGAUGGAGAAUAAGGGAUGAAUCCAUGAGCGGCAUUUGGGGGGUUAAGUGAUUGUCGAUCGAGCCGCAAUUUAUCAGCACUACACCACAAAGGAGGGAGGUGGAUGCUAGAGUGAGGGAGCUAAUAGACCCGAACGUGGAAGUGGGACAUUCCAUUGUUUGAGGCAUACUUUGAUACAACCACAAUUCCAAUUAUUGUAAAACUUCUACUUAGAGGAGAUGGGGAGCAAGACACUAUGAUAUAGGUUGCAAAUCAUAUUGGGGAGUAUGUUGUCCGUGAUGGAUAUCAUCAAUGGCUAAACGAUUUCAAGAGGAGGAAUGUUUUUGUGAUGUAUGGAGAAGCAUAAGUCUGGAAUAAGGUAUGACAAAAAAGGAUCCCUCUAAAGGUCAAACAUCUUGUUCGGUUAAGGUUGCGGUUAACCCGCAAACCUCAAAACAUGCAAUAUUGCUAACUGCGACCGCAAAUAACUUUUUUUUUUGGUUUGCAAUUUAACCGAAACCGAAUUCCCACCUCUAGGAUCAAUGUUGGUGUGGCCUUGGUCUGGCAAAGAAACACGACAAACGAGUCUUUCUCUUGUAGCUCAUCAAGGUCGAGUGGGGAUCUCUGGAAUUACUCUAGCCUUAUAGAAUCUUUAACCACAUCGACCUCAUCCGUUUCUUGGACCUCAAUUGGUUCUUCAACCAUCGUUCAUUCUUUAGAAUUUGGUGUCUCCCCUUGUCGAAGAUCAAGAACUUCUUCUUUAUUUCUUUAUUCCUCCUCCACGACUUCGUCUCCUUUUUAUCGCUCUUCCUCAAGCAAAUUUUGGAUAGCAAGUUUUCAUGCAAGAUUCUCGAUAAGAUCUUCUUGUAUCUCCUUACUCAUGCUCGUCUCUUCAAAGCUCGGUGUGGGAUGCGGAAAGGUCUGGUCGGAUACAACAUGAUAUGCCUGGUCACAAACAUCAUGGGAGCUCUCCAGGACAUGCCUGCUACACAAUGUCCUUGUAGCCAUCUUUUUCAUCCUCUUCCUGUAUGGUAACAAAGAGGCGAUCUCGAGCAAGUUGUGCACACGUUUGCUCAAUGACCUCUAUGUUCAUCUUCAUGCGCCGGAAGGUCUACUCUGACUGUUCGAGAAUGGAGAUUUCAUAAAGGGUAUUAAUUAGGGAGUCCACCUUGGAGCACAAUCUUUCGUCAUCUAGAACAAACUUCCAAAGUUCAAGCUCCAACUGGCUCUUUGGUUUCAUAUAUGGAAUGUAGCAUGGCUCUACAGAAUGGCACGUGGAGGCUACCAUGGCUAACUUCAACUCAGAAAUCCCCUUUGGUUGUGGAAGAAAUUAUUCUAGAUAAG